CUGGCACCAAACGAGGUGCUACCUCUCUCUCACCUCACGAACCCCUCAGUCAACAGCCACAACCACCCUCACACAGUCGCACCAUCUUUUCCUAAGAUUGUGCGCCUGCGUCGUUGGUUGGCUGCUCUUGUCUCACUUGCGGUCACUUCUGCCACACGCGCUCUGACGUGCGGCAGACGGAGCCGUUCUCCUACGAGAUAACAGUCAGUUGCAAAGAGAAUCACUUCUCCGAACCUGAAUUACUUCGCUAACAGCAAACACCCCACUUGCGAUUGCAGGAGCCACAAUCUCACCUUAAGGAUCGUAUAACGAUUCCGCCAUGGCCUCACCAAUGAGCUCCGCAUCGGAGGGUGAGAUUCUCGAACCUGCGCAGAAGGCAAACACUGCGUCUCAUAAUGCAUCCGAAUCAACGGUUGACCAGGCAAACAGUACAUUCGGCCUUGAUGGAACUUCAGAUAUGGAUGACGUCCGUUAUGGCCGUCGCAACAUAAGUCGUUCCCCUUCACCCUAUCGUCGCAAGCCUGAUCGAUCCCCUUCCCCAUAUCGUCGCAAGUCUGAUCGGUCUCCUUCCCCGUACCGUCGUGGUCGCCAUGAUCGCUCUCCUUCACCUUUCAGACAUGGCAGAGAUGGCCAGGGACGUGGAAGUAAUGCCCCGUUCUCGUACAAACGCAAGGCCUCUCCUCAUCGACAUGAGAGGCCAGAGAAACGGUAUAACACAGACAGAGAUAAGCACUACAGCGCCCGCGAAAAUGAGAAUCGACGCGACCGACGAUCUAGUUUGCAUAAAGACCGCGAGAAUGGCGCAAGCCAUAAUCCUUCGUUCCGCCCAUCUUAUGCCGCCAACGAUCAAAAUACCGCCAUAUCCAAGUCCUCGACCAUCCCAACACAAUCUAAAUCUCAGUAUGCUUCCAGGAACGGCAACGGCUAUCGCAGCUCUCGAUCCAAAACCCCAGACCUCGGAACUGAUAACAAAUUGCCUGGCGCGGCUCCUUCUGCUGCUGAGAAACAUGCAGAUGUGGAAAUGACAAGUGAGGCAGACAACGAGCCUGAUCUGACUCCUGCCAUUUUACAAGAUGUAGCUCCGUCCAACGAAACGAGAGAAGAGAAGAGACGAAGAUGGGCAGCGAAGCGAGCGCAACAUGCAGAAUCCAACCUGCUUCAAAAGGCAGUACUAACGAACGCCUCUGAGGCUACCACACCCAACAUUGGCUCACCUGCUGCCCCUACCAGUUCAGUGAAUUCGCCCCCUCCGCUGUCACCUGGCUUAUCGGAUAUGGACUCUAUGCCUGCCUCGCCGGAUGUUAUGAUUAUUGAUAAACAAGAAGCUGCCAACAAUGGAGCAAGCCCAGCCACCAAUAGCCCAUCUGCUUCCAACUAUGACCCCACUCAGGAUAUGCUCGAUGAUCGCCUAAGGGCUGAACAGCGUACCCAAGUAUCAGAGAUGUCUGCAAGCGCGUAUGACGAAACUAAUCCCAACGCACUUUCCACCCUUCCAUCUGAGAAAGCAAAACCUGCCAAGAAGAAGAAAAAGGAAAUCGACAUGUUCGCAUUCUCUGAUGACGAUGAUGAUGACGAUGAGGAAGAAGAUGGCGAGGGGCACGACGGACUUGAUGCUCCCACUAAAGGUACUGUGCUGGAUGCAAAACUCUUGGACAACUGGGACGACCCCGAGGGUUAUUACAAGAUCAUUAGCAAUGAGCUGGUAAACUCGGGUCGGUAUCGCAUGAUAAAGGGCCUCGGUCGGGGUGUCUUUGCCAAUGUUGCACAAGCCGAGGACGUCAGUGGUAAAUCAGGUGAAUUGGUUGCUAUUAAGAUCAUUCGCAAAAACGAUGCGAUGCGUAAGGCCAGUUCGAAGGAGAUGGACUUUCUUCAGCGGCUUAACGACGCCGAUCCGCAUGACAAAAGGCAUAUCAUCCGACUCUUCGGAUCGUUUGAUCACAAAGGUCAUCUCUGCAUCGUCUUCGAACACAUGUCGAAGAACUUGAGAGAUCUGCUGAAAGAAGAAACCAGCGGCCAUGGUCUCUCUCUGCAAGCCGUCAAGACAUACGCCCGUCAGAUGUUUAGCGGACUCAAACACCUACAGGAUUGCCAGAUCAUCCAUGCUGAUCUCAAACCUGACAACGUUCUCGUAUCACUCGACAAGAAGACCGUGAAGCUUUGCGAUUUAGGAACAGCAGCCGACAAGCGUGACAACAACGAGCCCACACCCUAUCUCGUGAGUCGUUUCUAUCGAUCGCCAGAAAUUAUUCUCGGCAUGGACAUAGGAUAUGGAAUUGACAUGUGGGCCAUUGGAUGUACCAUCUAUGAGUUGUGGACUGGCAAGAUCCUUUUCCCUGGACGGUCCAACAAUCAGAUGGUGAAGGUAAUCAUGGAAUGCAUGGGUUGGCCCAGCGAGAAACUUCUGAAGAAGGGUCAACUCUCAGGACAGCACUUCGAGCCUGGUCCCCCUCUCACAUUCAUCAGUCGUGAGGUCGAUCAGCUUGGCAAUCCUAUCAUUCGGAAGAUCGAACAGCAUCGUAUGGCGCCUCGUCCACUCAAGGCGAGGAUCCAUGAUGCGGGCCGGGGCAUCACUGGCAAUGGGCCAAGCACGGCGGAUCUUAACGACUUUGCAGAUCUGCUAACCGCAUGCCUGAACUGGAACUUUGAGAAGCGCAUCCAAUCGAAGGACGCACUUGCCCACAAGUUCUUCAUGAACAAGACGCUCAUGCCUAGGGCGGCGGUGGCCAAACCCUCGCUCCAUAAGCGACCGUUUACAGGUGGCGUCCGUCGUUAGGCCGGAUAGACCGUUCCGCCCCUCACCACCACCAUCAGUAUCUGGGGACGGAAUACUCGUACCUACACCUAGUCAAGAAUGCUAGGGUACCGUAGGCAUACUGUACUUAAUAUCAUGACACUCAAGGCAGGGAUCAAUCAAAUGUCACUAGUAGGAUCAAAGUAACAUACAUAAUCAAUUCUAUAAACCCA